AUGACUUCACAUAUCACUGAUGGCUUUGCUGAAAACAACAGUGAUACAUGGCCUUUAUUUGACAUAGAACUUACAGCAAGGAGCUGGCGGGUACCAACGCCAUACACACUCCCCAACCUCAUACUUCAGGUAUCAUCGCCAUACACACUCCCCAACCUCAUACUUCAGGUAUCAUCGCCAUACACACUCCCCAACAUCAUACUUCAGGUAUCAACGCCAUACACACUCCCCAACCUCAUACUUCAGGUAUCAACGCCAUACACACUCCCCAACCUCAUACUUCAGGUAUCAACGCCAUACACACUCCCCAACCUCAUACUUCAGGUACCAACGCCAUACACACUCCCCUACCUUAAACUUCAGGUACCAACGCCAUACACACUCCCCAACCUCCUCAUACUUCAGGUAUCAUCGCCAUACACACUCCCCAACAUCAUACUUCAGGUAUCAACGCCAUACACACUCCCCAACCUCAUACUUCAGGUAUCAACGCCAUACACACUCCCCAACCUCAUACUUCAGGUAUCAUCGCCAUACACACUCCCCAACCUCAUACUUCAGGUAUCAUCGCCAUACACACUCCCCAACAUCAUACUUCAGGUAUCAACGCCAUACACACUCCCCAACCUCAUACUUCAGGUAUCAACGCCAUACACACUCCCCAACCUCAUACUUCAGGUAUCAUCGCCAUACACACUCCCCAACAUCAUACUUCAGGUAUCAACGCCAUACACACUCCCCAACCUCAUACUUCAGGUAUCAACGCCAUACACACUCCCCAACCUCAUACUUCAGGUAUCAUCGCCAUACACACUCCCCAACAUCAUACUUCAGGUAUCAACGCCAUACACACUCCCCAACCUCAUACUUCAGGUAUCAACGCCAUACACACUCCCCAACCUCAUACUUCAGGUACCAACGCCAUACACACUCCCCUACCUUAAACUUCAGGUACCAACGCCAUACACACUCCCCAACCUCCUCAUACUUCAGGUAUCAUCGCCAUACACACUCCCCAACAUCAUACUUCAGGUAUCAACGCCAUACACACUCCCCAACCUCAUACUUCAGGUAUCAACGCCAUACACACUCCCCAACCUCAUACUUCAGGUACCAACGCCAUACACACUCCCCUACCUUAAACUUCAGGUACCAACGCCAUACACACUCCCCAACCUCCUCAUACUUCAGGUAUCAUCGCCAUACACACUCCCCAACAUCAUACUUCAGGUAUCAACGCCAUACACACUCCCCAACCUCAUACUUCAGGUAUCAACGCCAUACACACUCCCCAACCUCAUACUUCAGGUACCAACGCCAUACACACUCCCCUACCUUAAACUUCAGGUACCAACGCCAUACACACUCCCCAACCUCCUCAUACUUCAGGUAUCAUCGCCAUACACACUCCCCAACCUCAUACUUAAGGUACCAACACCAUACACACUCCCCAACCUCAUACUUCAGGUACCAACGCCAUACACACUCCCCAACCUCAUACUUCAGGUACCAACGCCAUACACACUCCCCAACCUUAAACUUCAGGUACCAACGCCAUACACACUCCCCAACCUCAUACUUCAGGUACCAACACAAUACACACUCCCCAACCUCAUACUUUAG